UGUUGUGGGUUCACUUGAUAUAUUCAACGAGCCCCUCCAUGGUUGAGUCGCUUAUUAGCUAGCGGUACUCAGCGAACUCAAAACAGCAGGAAAGGACGCUCCUCUCAGGCGUCCGAGAUAACACAACAGCCGGUAGUUAGCACAUAUUUGAUGAGCUCGACAUUAAAUGAACCGUGUGGGAGCCUUUUUCUGGACGAAUAUGCCUUCGUGUAAAUAGAAGCGACACGGAGCUCGAGGAUGGCGGCAGAUGUGGAUAAAAAGACCCGCUACGAGGAUGGGAAGAACAGGCAGCAGAGUCGGGGCUCUGAAUUGUGGAGGUCCACACGCAUGUGGACCCUGCUCCUGGUCCUUGCUGUUCCACUUGUAGCUUGGGGCGUCAAGUAUUAUCAAGAUGCACAGCUCCUGAGGCGUAAUGUAAGAUUUAACGUCAAAGAAGAAAGCGUGCAAACUCUGGGUCCUGAGGGGCUUUUUCUCUUUUCCUCCUUGGACACCAACCACGAUCUCUAUCUCAGCCCAGAGGAGUUUAAACCAAUUGUGGAGAAACUUACAGGGAUUACUCCUCCAGAGGACAUUGAGGAGAAUGUGAUUGAAGACCACAAUGGAGAGACUCUAACAUUGGAGGCCAAAAUGGAGCCUCUGCUUAUGGACUCGAUGACAAAAAGCAAGGAUGGCUUCCUUGGGGUCUCCCACAGCUGCCUGAGUGGUCUGCGCUCAUGGAAGAGUCCAACCGUGCCUUCCUCGUCCUUCUUCGCUAGCCAGUUCAGGGUCUUCCUCCCACCUAAGGGCAAGAUGGAGGUUGGGGACACGUGGUGGGUGAUCCCCAGUGAGCUCAACAUCUUCACGGGGUACCUGUCCAACAAUCGCUACCACCCUCCUAUACCUAAGGGCAAAGAGGUUUUCAUCCACUCGCUGCUGAGUAUGUUUCACCCCCGACCCUUUAUCAAGUCACGCUUUGCACCUCAGGGCACUGUUGCAUGCAUUCGUGCCAGCAACGACUUUUAUUUCGACAUCGUAUUCAGGAUCCACGCAGAGUUUCAGCUCAACGACGUCCCAAACUUUCCCUUUUGGUUCACGCCGGGCCAAUUCACCGGUAACGUUGUGAUCUCUAAAGACGCCUCUCAUGUGCGACACUUCCACCUCUACGUCCCCAGUGACAGGUCUCUGAACGUGGACAUGGAGUGGCUGUACGGUGCCAGCGAGAGCAGCAACAUGGAGGUGGACAUUGGGUACCUACCGCAGCUGGAACUGCAGUCCACUGGCCCGUCGACUCCCUCCAUCAUCACGGACGAGGAGGGCAACAUCAUUGACAGCCGAGGCGGCAACACUGAACCCAUCCAGUUCAUCUUUGAGGACAUCAACUGGACCACAGAGAUCAAUCGUCAAGAAGCCGCACAUCGCCUGGAGGUCACCCUUUACCCUUUCAAGAAGGUGUCCUACUUGCCUUUUUCUGAGGCCUUCCAGCGAGCCGAGGCAGAGAAAAAGUUGGUGCACUCAAUUCUGCUUUGGGGAGCAUUAGACGACCAGUCCUGCUGAGGUUCCGGGCGAACUCUCCGGGAAACAGUCUUGGAAAGUUCGCCCGUACUGGCUCUGCUCAACCAGAGCUUUGUGAGCAGCUGGUCUCUGGUCAAAGAGCUGGAGAACAUGCAGGCUGAUGAGCGUAGCCCCGCACUGAGUGAAAAAGCUCGCUUGCACCUUGAGAAGUACGCGUUCCCCGUGGAGAUGAUGGUUGCACUCCCAAAUGGAACUAUUGUCCAUCACAUCAAUGCUAACUUCUUCCUGGACCAGACGGCCAUGAAGCCUGAUGAAGAGGCAGAGGGAACCACUUUCAGCUUCUCUGGAGGGUUUGAGGAUCCCUCGACAUCCACUUACAUUAGCUUCCUGAAGGAGGGCCUGGAGAGGGCCAAGCAGUACCUGGCACAAUAGCGCGUCAUUCCUGUGGCUAUUGAACUGGGAUAGGAAAAAGCCUCCUAUAUCCAAGUAUUCAUUUGGGUUACUAUUAUACAAGCACACAUACAGUAAAUGAGGCGCUAUGAGCUUUUCAGUGUAUCUCACGCACCAUACCACCUCUGUCCUACUGUGUCACCCAGUGGCGGUCCAGCCUCCUCCGGGGCGUCUCAGCCGUUUGUGAUGGUUCUGCCUGAAAGCUCUCCCUCGGGCCGGGCAGCGCCUGAUGAUGAUGUUGCUGAGGCGGCGUCCUGGAGGAAACGCCCGCUUACGUCCAAUCUCUGGGGGACAGAAUCAGCAGCAGGAAAUGUCUUUUUAAUCGGGUUGGCGGUGCACAAACAAGAGCGUUAAAUGUCGGAAGGUCGACCUUGAGAGCUCAGUGCAAUUCACACAAGUGAAUGUUUAAUUAGAGGUCUCAGGGCCAACAUUCGUUGACCUGGAGGACAAUACACUACACCAAAGAAUGCUUGUUAUAAUGUACAAGAUGAUUUUCACUCACUUGCAACAAGCUGCCUGCUUCAGUUCAAGGUCAAACUAGCUGUUGUCUUUUAUCCUGUUACAAAAAAACAUGACAACUGAAAUCUAUGACAAUUCUAAAUUAGAUCAUUUGACAUGAAACACUGUGAUUCUGUUUGAUUCUGGGGUUUUUUGUACAGCACAAAAUAAAGUUGUUUUUUUUUGUACA